CCAGUGCUCAUUCCAAGAUUAAUCCCUGUCAUGGUUGCCCUGUUUAUAUGUAAUCGAGCGUCGAUCUAGGUUAGACUUUUAUCACCUUACAUUCACUAUCCUCCGCCCACUACCUGCGCUUGCAUUGACAACUCAAUACAUUUCUUUCUCGGUAUCGCUCCGAAUGGAACCACCCAGUUGUGUAGACGAUGCUUUAUUUGGUCCUACUGUUCAGGGCACCUUUGUAUGGCUUGUGCCCCUUGUCAUCUCAGGUUACAGAAAGGUCCUAGAUCUAUCAGACCUCUACACUCUGGACCCAAGCGUGUCGAUUGAAGCCCUACAGAAGACCUUCGCCAAAUACACCCAACGCGCCCUUUUCCGGAAGGACCAACAAAAUGACUUGGCCAAAGCAGUUGCUCGCACAUUAGCAAUCCCCCUCCUACUGCCAGUCAUUCCUCGUCUCGCCCUGGUCGGCUUCACAAUUUGCCAAUCUUUUCUCAUCGAGACGAUACUCGAAUGGCUCACCAAGCCCGAUACCGAUCUGGUAGUCAAAGAGAAAUAUGCGCUUAUCGGGGCGACAGCGUUAGUGUACGUCGGUAUGCCAAUCAUCACAGCUCUCUAUUGGUAUCUCCACGAACGGGCCCUAUUCAUGAUCCGCCCAUGCCUGGUAUCGGCAAUCUACCAAAAGACCACCCAGCAGCCACUUUCCGCUGGGGACGACAAGGCAGCCGUCACGCUGAUGAGCACUGAUGUCGAGAGGAUCAUGAUGGGUCUUAUGCAGCUGCACGAAUUCUGGGCCAACCCCCUCCAGGUGGCGAUUGUGAGCUGGCUUCUUCAGCGUCAGAUCGGCACCGCCUUUGUGGCGCUCAUUGUUGUCAUCCUCGGCGCCAUUAUGUCGACUCUCGUGAUGCGGUUUGUGGGUCCUAAGCAGAUAGCUUGGAUGCAAGCAAUCCAGAAGCGGGUCGGGCAUACCUCAACCGUGAUUGCUACCAUGAAACACUUGAGAAUUUCUGGACUUACCCAGCCAGUGGAAGAUUUCAUUCGAGGAUCGCGGCGGGACGAACUGCACGCUGGAGGGAAGUUCCGAACCUUUCUUGUGACUUCAGUGGGAAUCGGAUUCAUGCCAGUGCUCCUAAGUCCUAUCUUCGCCUUUGCGUUUAGCUUGGGCAAUUUGAACACCACCGCCAUCUUCACCUCCCUCGCCUACCUUCAGCUUCUGUGCGGGCCAUUCUCUGCCCUCUUCCAAGUCGCCCCCCAGCUGCUUGCGGCCUUUACAUCUCUGUCGAGAAUCCAGAUGUUUCUCGAGGGAGAAUCGAGACACGACUAUCGCCGUCCCCUCAUGUCCGAUGAGCCGUGGAAAGAAAAGGUUGCAGGGGAGAAGUUGUCCCCAGUGGUAAAUAUCACGGCUGGGGGCUUCGGCUGGCAAUCAAACGUGCUGACUUUGAAAAACCUCGAGGUUUCGAUCUCCGCAGGAUUGAAUAUAAUCCAUGGUCCCGUUGCCUGCGGAAAGACCACACUGUGUAAAGCGCUGUUAGGAGAGAUUCCGUUCACCGAAGGUGAGGUCUUCAUACGGACUAAGUUCCGCCAAAUUGGAUAUUGUGAUCAGGUUCCGUUUCUUCCCAAUGCGAGUAUUCGCGAUGCCAUUCAAGGGUACUCUACCUUCGAUGCCGAAAGAUAUACGAGCGUGGUCGAGGCCACAAUGCUGUCUCGCGAUCUGCAGCUGCUUUCCCAGGGUGAUCAGACCCAAAUUGGCAGCGAUGGAAUCGCACUCAGUGGCGGCCAGAAGCGGCGAAUCGCGCUUGCCAGGGCGUUAUACCUUCAGUGUGACCUGCUGAUCCUGGACGACGUCCUCAGCGGACUAGACGCGACCACUGAGGAGCACAUCCUUCACGCAGUCUUCGGUCCUUCAGGGAUUCUGAGGGAUAGAGGGGCGGUCGCAAUCUUCUGCACCAGUGCCAUUCGACAUCUGUCUGCAGCGGACUAUAUCAUCGCAUUGAGAGAGGAUGGGACAAUCGCAGAGAAGGAAUCACCCCGCGAUCUUCGUACCCUCACUCUGCAAACAGCCGCCGCGAGCGAAAGAGGAACGAUUCCGCGUCCUUCCUCUCCACCAUCUGCACCGACAAACCAAUCUCCCCCCGCAAAUGGUUACAAAGCAGUUAUUCCAAAGAUCAAGAGCGGGGAAUCGAGUCGGGCCAUUGGAGAUGCUGCCGUCUUCUUGUACUACUGCCGCAGCAUUGGCCCUUGGCUGCUCAUCAGCUUCGCCACAUUCGGCGUUCUCUGCGGGUUUCUCUACAACUUUCCCACGAUCUGGAUCGGCUAUUGGAGUACUGAUACCUUCGGCCAAUCAAAGUCCUUUUACCUGGGAAUCUAUGCUUGUCUCCAGUGUCUGGCCCUAGCCACUAUUGUUAGCGAGGCGGCCAUCGGCAUGCUGGCCAUCAUACGUACCUCGGGAUCGCGUCUGCACGAUGCAUUGCUGCGGACGGUCAUCGCCGCUCCCUGGUCCACCCUAUCCCAGACCGACACAGGGGUCCUCACUAACCUGUUCUCGCAGGACAUGACCUUGAUUGACGGGGAGUUAGCUCAGGCGCUGAUUAAUACCUCCCUGCAGGUUUGGAUCGCCAUCGGUGGGGCCGCGGUGAUCGUCGCCGGCUCAUCGCCCUACACCCUGAUCGCCUACCCCUUCGUGCUGGCCAUCAUAUACGCAAUCCAGCGUUUCUAUCUACGCACCUCCCGUCAGCUCCGCCUGCUGGACCUUGAGGCCAAGAGCCCUCUCUACAGCCACCACCUCAAUACCAUCAAGGGUGUUGCCACACUGCGCGCAUUCGGUUGGGUCAAGGAGUCAAUCGGCGUGAACAACGCGCUACUCGACGCAUCCCAGCGCCCGGCCUACUUGCUGAGCAUGAUCCAGCGGUGGUUGUCCUUUGUUCUCGACAUGGUAGUGGCUGUUCUAGCCGUGCUCGUCGUAGCGCUGACCACCCAGCUUCGCGACACAAGUGCCGGCUUCACUGGAGCCAGCUUGGUCUCCCUGAUGAGCUUUGGCAAGACCCUGGCCGGCUUGGUCCGCAUGUACACGGCCCUCGAGACUUCCAUCGGUGCUGUAGCCCGGAUCAAAGCAUUCUGCGACAGCGGGGCUGGUGGUGCCGGGCUUGAGAAGAAUCGGCUGGAGGAUGACAGCAGUAAGGACGGCGAUAGUUCAACCCGACUUCCUGCCUCAUGGCCGGAUAAAGGCAGCAUUGCAUUCCAGCAUGUCUCUGCUUCGUACAGCAACGAAGCCGCUCCCGACUCGGACAGCCUCGCCAUCCGAGACGUAUCAUUCACAAUCGAACCCGGACAGAAAGUUGCAAUCUGCGGUAGAACCGGAAGCGGCAAAUCGACAAUCCUCCUUCUCCUCCUGCGCCUCUUGGACCCAAUCCCCUCACCGCGAACAACCACCAUCACCGCAGCUGUCACCAACGCGGACGAAGACACAGCCCUGACAAUCGACGGCGUACCUCUCCACUCAAUCGACCACGCGACCCUGCGCCAUCGCCUCAUUGCCGUCCCGCAAGACGCCAUCUUCCUCCCCGACGGCACCGCCUCCUUCCGCACGAACCUCCUCGCUCCAUUCGCGAACGAGACCACCGAUCCCGCCGAGUGCCAAACCAUCCUGGAGCGCACGGGUCUCUGGAGCGUGGUCACGGCGCGCGGGGGUCUCGACGCCCCCUUCACAGCCGACGCGCUGAGCCACGGCCAGAAGCAGCUGUGGAGCUUGGCGCGCGCGGUGCUGCGGCGGCGGGUGCGUGCGAAGGGCUUGGCGGAGGAGCAAUGCACUACAGAGCCUUCUGGCGCUGGCUUUCCCUUUGGUAAGGCAAUGUCAAAGACCCCUGCUGUGUCGCUGGGUGAUCGCGAUCACCUCCCUUCUAUGUAUCAAGGUGCUAGCGGAGGGAUAUUGCUGCUCGACGAGAUCGACAGCGGCGUGGACGCAGCGACGCAGCGGGUGAUGCGCGAUCUCAUCCGGAGUGAGUUCGCGGGGUACACGGUGGUGAUGGUCGGACAUCGGCUGGAGUUCGUGGGAGAGUUCGACCGGGUUCUGGUCAUGGAUGCGGGCCGGCUGGUGGAGGAUGGGGCGCCGGCGGAGUUGGUUGCUCGGCCGCGGGGGUGGCUUAGGGAUCUGUGGAUGGUUGGGAGGGCGGAGGCUUGAUGGCGUUGUUUGCGUUUGUGUUUGUCUGCAUGAAGCAGGGCCGGCCGUC